AUGAAUCCAAUUGAUGGGACAACAAACUUUGUACACAGAGUUCCUUUUUUGGGUAUCUGUGUUGGGCUUACAAUUGGUAAACAACUGCGUGCUGGCAUUGUAUAUAAUCCGAUCACCGAUGAGCUUUAUUCCGCUCAAACCGGACGAGGGGCAUUCAAAAAUGGUUUUCAAAUACAUGCUUCUUCUGCGAAAAGUCUCAAAGAAGCUGUCAUUUGUCAGUCUCAGGGAAUCCAUAACAUUCGCGAAAAGGGUCAAGCGUGGUUGGAUCUUAUGCUUGAAAAUCAGCGAAAGUUAAUUCUUGCAGGCAUUCACGGUAAUCGGAGCUUUGGAGCAGCAUCGAUAAAUAUGGUGUAUUUGGCAGAAGGUUCGAUUGAUGCUUAUGUCGAAUGCGGACUUCACUCAUGGGAUAUGGCUGCAUCCGUUGUCAUUGUGCGUGAAGCCGGUGGUACAGUAAUUGAUCCAACAGGUGUCCCGUUUGAUUUGAUGAGCCGUAAAGUACUUUGUGCGGGUACACCCGAAUUGGCCAAGGAGUUUAGUGAGCUUCUCAAGCAUAUGGAUUUUGCACCAGAAAUAUAA